AUGGACCGAGAGGAUGGAUUCGGUAAAAUCGACAAUGAGUCGUCGGGUUGGUCAUCGUCUUCGGCGGGGGUAAAGGGCUAUGUCCAACUCUUCUGUCGAUCUUUGAGACACCAAUCCCAACAAGCUGUUAAUUUUCUAUUCAACAUUAAUACCCGAUUCCGAUCAGGCUAUACACCAAUACCGCGUUCCCUCCAUAUAACUCCCGAGGGGUCUUCAUUCACAAGUUACAGAAAGUUAAUCUUUGUAAUAUUUUUAUCAGCAUGGGGUCUUGUUGUUGGAAUGUGUGGGAUUUAUGCAUACGACGGGCUGGAUAUCCUACCUAGAGGAAUGAUAUGGGGACGAAAAGAGGUUUCUAUGUUUCUUGGGCCAGGUUACCCCGUUGGAAAUAUCAUAUCUUCAUCCGAAUGGAGCACUUUCCAUUUCGGAAAGGUAGAAAUUCCUGCCCCGCCACCAGAACCUCCCGGCUCAACGGUGAAAAGGGUCCAACCGCCUACCGAUUGGUUGAACUGCGAAGCGGCAAAGAAUUUCGCAAAAUCUUUGCCGGAGGUUACCUUUGUUCCAUUCGAAGAAGCCCUUGAACACAACGGCGAAGGACAGGAAGUUUCAUGGUUGAACGAAUGGCUUACAGAUGGCCAGCUGAACAACAGUGAUAUGAAGGCAAAAUCGCAUCCUAUUGACGUGAUAUAUACCUGGGUAAACGGAACUUCGCCUGCCUUCCACAAAGCAAAACAAAGUGUGGAAGAGGGGAGCAGAUUAAUGGAUAUACCCGACUACAGGUCCGAUACCCUGAACCGUCAUCGGGAUUGGGAUGAACUGCGAUAUAGUGUGCGGAGUAUCGAAAACUUCCUUGAGAAGAAAGAAACAGGAGAGUUGAGGAUACCGAGAGUUCUUGGAAAGGUUAGCAUCAUAACUACCCAGCAUAGCGAUGGGCCUCAGAAAGUCCAGACACCGCUGUGGUUAAAUAUGAGCCAUCCGGAAGCACCAGAAAUAAUCCCGCAAGAAGGGCUAGUGUCACCAAUGCUGGCUGGCACCUGUGCCACCGAAACGUUCUCAUCUUGUGCUGUUGAGGCCCGCCUUGACCGAAUUGAAUCCGAUAAUGAUAAGGUGAUGAUUCUCAGUGACGACAUGUUCCUGUCGAACCAACAUUCAUCUGCAGACAUCUAUUCUCCUUUAUACGGCUUACCCUUCGUCUUCGAAUAUGCCUGGCCCCACUAUACCAUCGAUUACCCACCCGCUUUCGGAUCGCUCGAGUUUCGCUUCGGUGAACACCCGUACCUGUACUUUUGCGCAUACCUUCUACACGUUAGAUUUGGCUGGGAGUAUCGGUCUUAUAACAAACAUACCGUCCACUCACUCUCGAGAACAAUCAUGCGAGAACUUAGAUCAACGUUCCCAUCUGCUUUCGAGCUCAGCAGUGCACAGCGGUUCCGGGGAGAGAGUCCUUCGAUACACCUCUGGUUUCUUUUCGAUUGGUAUGUAAUUGAAAGACACCGCGAGGCGUUGAUAUGGAGCUAUCUUUUCGGAAAACUCCAAGAGGAUGGGUCCACAACAAUAAGUCUCAAAACUCUUCAUGGAGAGCUCUCGGAAAUCGACACAUCAACCGACUUCUCUCGGGAUUCGCUGGUGUCAGAAAAAGUCAAGUCCGCCUAUGAAAAAGCAGAUAUCGAACCAAAUAUCGCAUCAAAGUUCUUAUGGAGCAGUGCAGAUGGGCCUGUAUGGCUCUCAGCGGAGAAUGAGAGAGAUCUUGCCAAAAGAGUCGAUGAUGCCCUACUCCACGACCGUACAUUCGACGAAACCCGGAAACUUGCUCCUUGCGAGAUUAAACCGGAGUGCUUUAUAUUUCCUGGCAUCAAAUCUGAAAAUAUCCCAACGGAGCUAAUCUUUGAUAAGUGGAGGAGAACAGAUCGUGCGUGUGGAGACUGCAUGAUUAAUGCACUGUUGAGGAAAUCGGGUCCGCUAGGAUUCAGCGCUUUCCUUUCCACGGAGCCGAGAAGAAGGAGCAUUUCUUUACAGUCUAUAUAUCGGUAUUCACACACUUUCUCGAGGGUUGAUGCCCGUUACGGAAUGAUGGAGAACCCAGAUACAGUGAAGAGCCUGACAGAAGAAUGGAUCGCCCAACGGCCUGCUGAAGUGUGCUUCAACGACCACUUUUUCUCCGAGGAGCCAAGUGAAGUACAGAGAUUUGCUGAGGCCGCCAAAGGCUUCUUUGAGAAGUAUUUCCCGAAUAAAAACAAGUGGGAACUUUGA